UACAGGUCGAAGGUGUCAAAGUUUUGUUAUUACUAAAGAAAAGAACAAAUUAAGAAAGAAAACUUUUGUUAUUAUGACGUAGUCAACUUGACGUAUAUGCUAAAUUCGUCACAGAGAUGCGGUAAAUUCGAGUUCUAAAUUUACAUUUAGUCAUUUUUUGGCCUCACUUGUUGGGAGUGCAUCUUUUAGUAACAGAAGACUACGACUGAAGAUUGGUGAUUAUAUUUCCGUGACCUCCGAUAAUGUCGGAAACAAAGGAAGUAGAAGAAAGAUCCAGUGGCCCCUAAAAAGCAGAAAUAUAGGGCUGACCUGACACGCUAAGAUGAAGCCCAAAAAGCCAUCGGAUAUGCCUGGAGCAAAAAUGGAUGGAGGUCCCUGGGUGUCCCCUGGAUCCACUAGGACGGGGAACACAUUUGAUAACAGGGAGACUGUUAUUGACGUCCUGGAGGGGAGGGAUCAGAGUGCUCCUAACUCCUCAGAGACAGAAGAUGUCUGCUAUCCCAUGAUUAUUCAGUUCCUGAAGAACCUGACAAACGAACAAUGGCUGGCCCUUAGGCAAAGCAUGCACAACCCUGAAUCGAGAGAGAAAAUGUCCAAGGCUUGCCAGGAGAUUGUGAAAGUGAUCACCAUGACAGCGUUCCGACUCCUGGUCCCGGCCAUCAUGGAGGUGUUGAAACAGGAGGACCUGGAGGCUCCUGUUACCUCCAAAAGACAACCCCAAAGCGCUAUGCAGAGGCCUGAGACAGACGACCCUCUGAGAACCCUCUUUGGGGUGACUGAGGAAACUAUUCUGCAGUCACUGAGGGCCACAUCACCCUCCAGUUCACCUGAGCUGACCAGUGUGCUGGUGGGGGAGAUCGUCAGAGACAUUAACAGCAGCAUCUCAGCAGUGGUCUCUACCUGGGGUAGUUUCUCACCAGUGCCCGGAUGCAGUCGAUCGGUCAAGAAUGCCAUCAAACAGAUGGGUAGGGUAAUCCAUGUUGGCCUCCAAAGGUUGUGCCUGUGUAAGAAGCCAGGGGAAACAUUGGCCUCAGAGGGAGCUUUCUCAGAAGCAGGGAAGGCCAGCACUCAUAUGGAAGUUUUAUCUGACCCAGACUUCCAGAAGAAUGCCUCUAGAGCUGUCAGUGGGAUCCUGAAGAAACAAGCCAUUUCAUCCUCUUCAGAAUCUUCAACUUGUGCCAGUGCUUCUGCCAGUCUGAUGAAUAUGUGGGGCUCUGUUCCUCCCUCAAAGUCCAACCUCUCUCUGGCUCAUGCCCAGUCGGCAGCCUCAGUGAUUAUCCAGUGCUUUGUCAGUGACAUGGAGGACGUUUCCAUGCACUUGUGGUUCGAGAAUGGAACAACUCCCAAACCGGAGUCCACGCUUUCUGAGGCCAAGAUGAUUUAUGGCACACUGCAAGCAAGGCUGAGGAAUUUUUUCACACUGCCAAGUUCAACAGUGUCAGAGCAGCUCCCUGUAGACGAGGAACUAGAACUGUGCACCAAAGAAGUAAUGAGCCUGAUUCUGGAUGCUUAUCGUUCCGAGUUUGCAGCGGUUGGAUGGCCUACUUUAAAAAUGGAUGGAGCUUCACCUAUGUCCAGUCCUCCACAGAGGCCGUAUAUGGAACAGCUCAUAAGUCAUCUUGAAAAGCUGACCAUCGCUUCAUCAUGGACUGAAAUCCAACUGGACUCGUCAACAAAUGCAAACCUGUACAGCAUAGGAAAAUUGUCACCUGAGCGCAUUCUAAAUAAAGUCAAAGAUGGGGUCACUGAGGUGCUUUUAAAAAAAUCAGUGGGUUUCAAAUCAGCAGCACACUCUUUUCCUCCUUCUGAGAUCGAUAUUGACAAUGCGGCCUCAGAUAUCAUCACGUCUUUUGUUUCAGAUGUGAAAGACAUUGCUCAAGCUAUUAAGGCUGUUGACGUCCAAGGACAGGCUGAUGUUGAAGAGCCACCAAGCACAGAGAGGGAUGCAACUGAAUCCAGCCCCAGUCACAAUACCAGAAGACACCCAAGUAUAAGUGAGAACAUUUUUUCUGCCACUGUGAAUCUCUACAAAAACCUUCAGAAAAAACUGUCCCAAGGACCUAAGAAUGAGAAGCCAACAUUUACGAGUGAAGAAAAACUUGUAACUAGCACCCACAGUGGGCUUAAUGAGAGAACCAUCUUUGAGACUUUUUCUGAGGCCCAGUCAAGUGUUUGUCUUCAGCAAGAUAUGUCCAGAUCUGAGGAGAUGGAGAACUCUGAGGAGCUCUCCCAGCUUCAAAGCAUGGUGGGAGCCAUGUUGAAAAGCCUAGAAGGUAUCAAGGGUUUUGAUGAGGAGCCCCCAAGAACCGGCGAAUUGGGAUCCGAGAAGAUGCUGGAGGGCCUGUCCACCCUCCCAGGAACCCCCAUCCCCAAACAUGUCCCUGCCAUUGCCAGCCCGAUCGUCAGAAGCACCAUUAUUAAUACAAGUAUCGAAAGAAAGCCAGCACUGUCACCCAGAGUGUCAGAUGUGGUAAGCAUCAUUCUGGACCACGUAGACCCAAAAUAUAUACAGGUAGCCAUAUCUCCUGGAGAUGGUCCCACCACAGCCCUCCAGAGACUGGAACAAAUAAUCUCAGAGGGCAGGAUUAGUGACCUCUCACGCGACCUUGUUGAUCAGCUGCUAGGUGCGAUGUCUGAUGACAUGGACACACUACUAGCGGACACGAGCCCACCUGAGAGAGGCGUCUCAGACACUGUCCUGUCCGGAAGUCCGAGGACUGGGGAACAGCCAUUGAAGUUGUUCACCUCAGAGCUCAUUUACAGCUUCACAGAGGAGUCAGUUAAACGUUUACUCCUCCCACUCCUCCUCCCCCCUCUGGGAACCUCCCAGAAACAGACAGCCUCUCAGGAUGUGACAUCGUCACCCCACGUCUCCAGAUGCCCCAGAAACAGACCCUCCUCCGGAUGCUCAGUGGGUUCAGACAGCUCAGUACUCUAUAAUGACACUGUGAAUCUUUUCACUAAAGCGAUGGUCCAACAAGUGAUGGACAUUCUGUCCCCAGAUUCAAAGUCAAGUGCCAAAUCUUCAACAAGCCCUACUCUGUCUGGCAGAUGUAAUGUGAAAAGCAAUCAAUUUGAUGGGCUACACAAAGAAGAGGACAGUGCAGAGAAAAAAAUGAUUGUCAAGAAGGCCAAAAGUACAUUUAACAUUGUGAGCACUAAGAAAGACAAUGUCCAGUCAACUCAGGCAGCAGAGGACCAAUCCAUCUGUGAGUCAGCAAACAAGACUAUACAUCAUAGAUUAUGUUUUCUAGGAAUCUAGGCAUCUUGUAUGGAUGUGGAUGGACAAUUGUUUCUGAUUCUGUCCCUACUCCAGCUUCAUGCAGUGUGUCCCAGCAGGCCCCAGAAGAGGUACCACCUGAAAACCAGUCUCUUCUAAUGCGGAUCUUCUCUGCCAUGACUAAGGGCCUGUGCAACCCGUUGUUCAAGAAGGCCUCCAUGACCCAGAUCCAGUAGCAUAAUUUACUGUUUUAUCAAUCUGCUGUGUCUUUUUAUGCAGUAAAUAGAAUUGCAUUCAUUUAAUUCUUUUGUAUCUCAUGUAUUUUAUGUUUUCAUGGUUCCAUUAUUAAAAUGUUGUCAUAUUGCUAGAUUGGAGUGGGAGCAGUUAAAAGGCAGAGUAGAUAAUGCUGUGGAGCACUAUUUGUCAUAUUUGCAAAAAUAAGCGUAACAUCCCCAUAGCAACCAAUGAAUGGUUUGACAGUAACAUUUUAUAAAUCCGAUAUCUGUGGGUGUUAGGACUGAAAAAAACACGACCCAUCAUUUAGAUUCGACAGAACAAAAUGAUUGGAUGGCAUUCGGAUCGAAUUGAAUGAUUGUAUGGGCUACUUGUCGGUCUACCUACCUACCUCCCAGCAGAAGUCAGGCAGCGCAUUCAUGUUUUUGGGGGGAUUGGCUUUGAAAGGAGGGGGUGGGAUAUUUUGGUUUGAAUCCUUCCUGCCUUUAAACCACUUUGCUUGUUAUUUGUUGCGACAUCCAUGGCUCCGUCUGUAUUUCUGGUUUGCUCGUCGUGUGUUGCUGACUUGUGUCAAGGCAUGUGUACGUUUUUAACAAUUGUGUCAUCUACAGUAUGAA